GUUGUCAUAAAUGCUUAAGCAAUUCAAAGGAUUUAAACAAAGCUAUAAAUUGAUCAUUUUCAAUAUUGCAUUUAAAUACAACAAUACAUUUUGUACAAUGACUGAUAUUCAGAAUAAUCCUACUGGGAUUCCUUUAAAUAAAGUUGUAGAUAUACUUAAAAAUUUUGCAAAUCUAUCACUUGCAGAUUCCUGGGAUAAUGUAGGAUUGCUUAUUGAACCUACAGAAAUAAAAAUAAUUUCACAUAUUCUUUUAACAAAUGAUUUAACUGAAAAUGUAAUGCAAGAAGCUUUAAAUUUAAAAACAGAUAUGAUUAUUACUUAUCAUCCUUUGAUAUUUUCGCCUAUGAAAUCCAUAACAAGUUCCUCAUGGAAGGAGAAAAUCGUUGCAAAAUGUUUAGAACAUAAAAUAGCUGUCUAUUCUCCACAUACUACAUUCGAUUCGAUUAGAGGUGGUGUAAAUGAUUGGUUAGCUUCCACAUUUGAAAAUGUGCUCGAAAAUAGUAUACCCAUAAAAGUAAAUGUGAAUAAUAGUGAUUAUGGUUUCGGACGAUUAUGCACUUUAAAGAAUAAAAUUUCUAUCGAUGAAGCUGUCCAACGAGUGAAAAAACAUACUAAUUUGGAACAUAUUAGAUUAGCUCGCGCAUUUCAAACAGAUGGUUUAAUUAAAACUGUUGCCGUUUGUGCUGGAUCAGGAAUAUCUGUUUUAAAAAAUAUAUCCGCUGACUUGUAUCUUACAGGAGAAAUGUUGCACCAUGAUGUUCUUGAUGCAAUACAUAAAGGAACUAGUGUAAUUCUAACAAAUCAUUCUGAUUCUGAACGUGGUUUUCUGAAAAUAUUUGCAUCUAACUUAACUAAUAUGUUGAACAAAUCUGUAUUGGUACAUGUAUCUGAAAAUGAUAUUGAUCCUCUAAAAAUCGUAUAAAAUAUUAAAAAAAAAAAAUUGAGCUGAAAAAAA